AUGCCAAUUUGGCCCACAAGGGAAAAAAUCCAGAAACACAUGCCAGAGUGUUUUAAACAGAUCUACCCAGGGUGUCGAGGAAUCAUUGAUGCUUCAGAAAUCAAAACAGAGGCACCAUCAAGUUUAGUCCUCAACAGUGAGUUAUACUCGUCCUACAAAAGCCACACUACAUACAAAGGGAACAUUGUUAUCUCCCCAAGUGGUGAGGUCAUCCAUGUCAGUGGUCUUUUUGCAGGUUCCAUCUCAGAUAAGGAACUUGUGAAAAGGUCUGGUUUAUUGGAUUUGUUGGAACCUGGGGAUCAGAUCCUUGCUGAUAAAGGGUUUACCAUCCAGGACCUUUUGACCCCCAUUGGGUGUGAGUUAGCUAUACCUUCGUUUCUAAGCAGUAAGGGUCAGUUCUCUAAAAAGGACCUAGCAAAGAGCAAGCAAAUACAUAAUCUGAGAGUUCAUGUUGAACAAGCUAUACGACGCGUUAAAGAAUUUCAGUUUUUGACAAAAUUGGUCCACUUUCAAUGGCUGGAAGUAUCAAUCAAUUGUGGACAGUGCCAUGCCUCAUAA